CUUAGUUGUUGUUGUUAAUGCUAGAACUGGACCUGUGGGAGUGCCUGUUUCUGUAGAAGAGGUUAGGACUGAGUGGGCUGUUCCUGUCGGUAUUUGCACACUUACAGUACAGUAAGAGCGUAGGCUUCCUCUCACACACACACACACGCAGCCGCACACACCCGCGCGAGGAGCGUCAGGUGGCUGGCAGCGGCAUGCAGGAGUUGUGCUGUGUGACACGGGAUGAAUCUAUCAGCGCCGGAGUGUGUAACCUCCUCAGGGGAGCACGGAGAGUGAGAGUGUAUCGGGCUCUAUCGGCAUAGCUCGCUUUAUCAUGAAAUGCUUCCGCAGAUGUUCUCAGACAGACAGUGCUCGAUAUUAAAUCCGUGUAAAAAAAUGCAUCUGUUUCGGAGUUAUAAUUACCAAGUGUUUCCCGAUCGCUAUUCCGCGGAGAAAGCGGGUAUCAGGGGCAUCAGCUGGACACCACUGCCUGAGGCCUUGGACACACAGGACACAAUGAAGCAGUUUUUGUCUGAUCGGGUCUUAAAGGCAGCUCGUGUGGUGUAUAGUGCACUGAAGGAAAGAAAUCCAGAUCUAAUCAGAGACAGAAAACAUCACCUUAAGACCUACAGACAGUGUUGCAGUGGGAAGGAACUUGUUGACUUUCUGAUGAAGCUGAAUGACUGCUCCCAGUCCCGAAAUCAGACUGUUGGCAUGUGGCAGGUGUUAAUCGAUGAAGGCAUUAUUGUAAAUGUGAAGCAAGAGUUUGACUUUCAUGACAAAGACACACAGUUUUACCGAUUUAUGGAGACUGAAUUUGAUCUGAAUAACACAACCAGUGAAAAAGACACAAAAGAUGAUGAGCUUCAAGAAGGUUUAUCAUUCUUGGUCCAGAUGGGCCCUGAUGCUCUUCUAAAUAUGAAACUACGCAAAAGUCCAAGCCAAAGGACAGCUGAGGAUGUGGAAGUUAUCUAUGAGGAGCUGCUACAUGUUAAGGCUGUCGCCCAUUUGUCGACUUCUGUUCGCAAAGAGCUGGCUGCAGUGCUUGUCUUUGAGUCCUAUGCCAAGGCAGACACAGUGUUGUUCAGCCAAGGGGACAAAGGUACAUCCUGGUACAUCAUCUGGAGGGGCUCUGUUAAUGUUAUCACACAUGGCAAGGGCUUGGUGACCACGCUGCAUGAAGGAGAAGACUUUGGCCAGCUUGCUUUAGUGAAUGAUGCUCCUCGUGCUGCCACCAUCAUACUGAGGGAAGACAAUUGUCACUUUCUCAGAGUAGACAAGCAAGAUUUUAUUCGCAUACUUAAGGACGUGGAGGCUAAUACAGUACGUUUAGAGGAACAUGGGAAAGUUGUCCUUGUCCUUGAGAAAAGCUCAGGCCAGGAGGCACCACAUCAGACAGGAAGCAGCAACAAGUAUACAGUGAUGUCAGGAACACCAGAGAAGAUUCUUGAACAUGUCCUAGAGACAGUUAAACUGGACACUAAUGGCUGUGAUCCCAUAGAUGCCUGUGUUAAUGACUUUCUUCUCACACACCAAGUAUUCAUGCCCUCUGCACAGCUCUGCCCUGCCCUUCAGCACCACUACCACACUGAGUCAUCUGAAGGCUCUGAGCUGGAAAAAGCAGCUUAUGCUCUCAACACCAGGCAAAAAGUUGUGAAACUAGUGAGCCAAUGGGUAGCUCUCUGCGGCUCACAGCUGAAGGAAGACCCUGUGGCCUCCCACUUCCUCGAGAAACUAAAAGAGGAGGUGAUGGAUGACACAAGACUCUCAAACAUGCUUAAGGAGCAGCUGAGGGAUAGGAAAAAAAACAGAGUUUCAGAGAAUGGAGGUCAAACACUUAUGAAGUUGAAUCAAAAAUUUGAUUGGUUUGCCACUUAUGAGGAGCCAACUAGGAAGUGCCAUCCAAUCAGAGCUCAAGACACAGUUUUGUAUGAGAUUUUCAAACCAGAACAUAAAUCCAUAACACUGAUGCUGCCUGUGAACUGCUCAGUGCAGGACAUUAUGGAUGCUUUGAUGGAUGCUUUUGAUGCAGACCAUGUGUUGGUGAAAAUGAACUCUUCAGGAGAGAGAGUUCAGCUCAAGCUGGAUUCUACAGCCGUUUUCACAUCUCUGGGACUGAAUGAGCGGCUCUUCUUGUGCACUGCUUCUCAAGUAGAGCAGCUGACCCCUCUGAAAGAGCAGCUUGGUCCAGAGAAGAGUACUGUCGACUUCCUGGAGCAGAUUUCCUCUAAGGAGAUUGCUAGCCACCUGACCAACUACGACUGGGAACUCUUCAUGGCCAUGCAGGAGGCAGAGCUUGUCUACUACAUUUUUGGCCAGAACAAAUUUCCUGGAGAAACCACAGCUAAUCUGGAGCGGUUUGUGCGACAUUUCAACAAAGUGCAGUACUGGGUAGUGACUGAACUCUGCUUAUGUGAAGACCUUAUGAAAAGAUCCAUGCUGGUCAAAAAGUUCAUUAAAAUAGCAGCUGUGUUGAAGGAGCUGAAGAACCUGAACUUGUUCUUUGCAGUGAUGUUUGGCCUGAGUAACAGUUCAGUGCAGAGGCUCUAUAAAACAUGGGAGAGAUUGCCAAGCAAAACUAAAAGGAUCUACUGUGCAUAUGAGAGGUUACUGGAUCCAUCCCACAAUCACAGAGCGUAUAGACUGGCUGUGGCCAAACUUAACCCACCAUACAUUCCGCUUAUGCCUCUGCUACUGAAAGACAUGACAUUUAUCCAUGAGGGUAACCGGAAUUUUACUGACAAUCUGGUUAACUUUGAGAAAAUGCGGAUGAUUGCCAGGACAGUGAAGAUUGUUCAGGAUUGUAGAAGCCAGCCUUAUGUGCCUUCAUCACCCCAGAAGGGCUUCACAGAAAGAAUGUUCUUAGAGUCUCCUGCUAUACGAGUAUCUACAUAUUCUGAGCAGUCGCUGCCUUUACAUAGUGUCACCAGUAUACAACACUACAUCCAGAACCUAAAUGUCAUUGAUAAUCAGAAGAAACUGACACAGCUUUCCAGAGCCAUAGAACACUGAACAUUGAAACUUGUGCCGUUUCCUUCAAAGGUCCAGCUCCAUACUGAACGAGGAAAUCAUUUCCUGUUUUCAGCCUGUAGACAAAUCCAUGAUGCCCUGAACUGGGAUCGAUGAUUGGAUGAGACUCUUUAUAAAGGUGUUUUCUUACCAGUGCUGAGCUGUCCUCUAAUGCCUUACAGUAUAACCCUACUCGUUGUGUAUGAUUCAUAUAUCAGCAAUCUUAAUCUGUUGUACAGUAUCAAUCAAAAGUUUUGACAAACUAUUAACAUUUUUUUAUUAUUUAUGUUCUACCAUUCAGAACAAUACUGGAUUUUCUAAAACUAUCAAAUAACGUAAGGAACUAAGUAAUUAAUUAACAAUGACAACAGUCAGUUAUUUUAAGACACGAAGGUCAACUGUUUUUUAAUAGUUCUAGCAAAAGUUUACAGCACCUCAGAUUAGAGCUGUUACGAAGUUUACAGAGCAUAAGUAGGAGACAUAUUUCAAUAUCAACUAUUUAAAGAUUAUGGCAUACUUUGGAUGCCUUCAGCAUUGUUUUACAGAAAGAAAAUUUUUAAAAAUGACAAGACAUAAGGUGUGUCCAAACUUUUUUUUUAAACAGGCAUACCCGUUACUAGUAUACCUAUAGCUGUUAUGAAAUAUAAUAUUUAAACUGCAUAAAGCAUAACCUUUGUAAGUACAUUUAAAGAAGAUAUUAAAGGUCAAUGGAUUGUACAGCCUAUAUCAACUACCAUUUCAGAUGUAUUGCAAGCAAACUGUGUAAAUUUUAUUUUUGUUAAAUAAAUUAUUGAAAUACUG